AAAGCGAGCUGCACGAAUGGACUUUUUGCAUUGCUGCAUCCUCAUAGGCUGCGUGCGUGCGUGCGUGCGCGCGCGCGAGCCAGCCAACAAGCCAGCGAGCGAGCGUGGGCAUCCUGCAAGAUGAAGCCCCCGCAGAGACGCCGUUCAGAUCGUUCCAUGCUCAGGGGAAGGCCGCGCAGGACGUGGGGCCCGUCCCGUCCCGUCCCGUCUUGUAUCUCGUGCUCCCUUCUCGCAGAUUGCUGCAUGGUGCUUACCGGUGCCUGGGUGCCGCUGUAAAAGCUGUCAGGUUGAAGACAGAAGAGCUGUCCAGAGAGAUAAGAAAAUGCGCAGCAUUCACAUGACAAGUUUCCAUGGCGAUAAAAAGCAGAGCUAAUGUGCUCACUGCUUCCGAUAGCAUCAGUAUUUGGAGCUGGAUGGCUUUUUCAAACAGCAGUCAUGCACAAAGAUCUGCUGUGUCAGCUCUAGUGGAAUACCUUGGUGUGUGUUUGCAUGUCAGAAUGUGUCUUUUGUUACGGAUGGAGAAUUAAGGCCUGUGUACUCGUUUGCUUUGCACAUGGUCUUGGCUCGUAUGUGGCUUGCGUGAGCAAAAGCAGCUCUGUUGGCAUGCUAGAGGGUGACCGUCUGUCGCUCAUCAUGGAAGAAAGAUCUAAUCCAUGCCUGCAUCCAUAGCUGGCAGAAAUAUGGGCGACUGUUGGGAAACACAAACCACCAUUAGUGUCUUUUUUGCUGUGCUCUGUUAAAUGAUAGCACGAUUGGCAACUGGCAACACAAGUUAUGCUCUUUGCCAUCGUGAUGCUUGGAAGCCAUGCACGUGUUACUGCCGUUUUAGAAUGUGAUCUUUGUUUGUCUCACCAAAAUGCAAGCCGUCUGGUUGGAGUGGAAAACAAGCAAAUCUGGCCUCAGUGAGGGUAGCUGCAGCAGGCCGCCAUUGUUGGAAACGAUCAGGCCGCGUUCGGACCCAAGUUGUGCUGUACAUGCAAACGUCCAUGUUUUCGUAAUUGUGACGUGUGAUUCGAGCGGAGCUCAUCCAGAUACGCCCUUGGCUCCUUCAUUCAACCUUUUAAAUGAUCAAGACUCCUGUGCUGUUUCUCCCAUUUUUUGUUUUUGCUAAAAUAGCCUAAAACCCCUUCGACGUGCUUUUUUCAAAUGCAUUCAUCUGAUUCACUCGUGAUCUAGUUGUACGUUGCGGGCCGCAUUGAUUCAUUUUACGCUCAGCGAGGGCAUGAGGUCAUCUGCCCCGAUAGCGCGACCUUUUGCAAACCGACAGCUACCUCUUGGCUGACGGCUAUCAGUUCCAUACUCGCGAAUAAUCGGCGGUGAAUCGUCUCCUCCUGGUCACCGCAAACAAUAUGACUUUUGAACUAUAGCAGUUUUUUUAAGUAUAUGUUAGAAUUCCCAAUUGUGUGAUUUGAAAAUGGAAUUGCGAUACCAAAACUUCGGAUACCUCGGCGACAUGUGCAUGCAGUGCCGCCUCAAAAGAAAUGAGGUUCUAAAAUGGAAAAACAUUUGUAUAAUGGGCCCAAGUGUUCAUCAAAACAAGAUAGGUCUUAUUCCUAUUCUAAGCCUGUAUCACAUUAGGCACAGUUUGAACAGAAAUACUGUGCUUCAAUUUAGGGGGGGAAAAAAAUCGUCAAUUGCGUGCGCAUAAAAGUGAAAUAAAAACAUUCGUCAAGAAACGUUUCAAAACAAACAUUUCUUAAAAAUUAAAUUCAAAUGUAUUCAAUACAAGGGAGCUGCCCUUGGUUUCCUGUAUGGUUCUGGUAUCAGCCUUUAUUGGCCACCUUUGGCCUGAGUCAGCUGAGGUAGGUCAUGUGACCCUCAAAUAUAUAUUUUUUCCUCAAUGGAACUUGUUUAUUUGAUGAAAUGGUUGGUUGUAACAUGAAAUUGAAGGGGGUUAUAUAUUAGAAAAUAUUUUUGUUUUAUUUUUACCUAUCGUUCUUUUUCACCCAUCUAACAAAACUAUUUCCCAUCAUGCACCGUUUUGGAGACGUUUUGUGUCCAUUUUUGCAAUCGCUUUCAGGGUUGCUAUUGUUCUUCUCCUUGGAGGAGCUCAAUUGUCCCCUUGAAUAAUUACGUUUGGUUGUGUGUGUGUGUGUUUUUCUCCUUGGUCAGCAAAGCGAGCUACUAGUUUAGUAGCCAAGAUCAAUGGCUUUGCUACCAAGACAAACGGAGAGGGAGAGCAAGGGAGAGGGCUGAGCAAAAGGAGAAAUGAAGCGAGGGAGAGAGCGAGAGAGCGAGCGAGGAAGCUGGAAGCGAGCGCGCCAUGGCGACUGGAGGUAUGCUCAACAACCCUGGUUCCUCAUCCGGGCACCUGCAGCUCGGCUGCGAUUGGCCGUCAGGGUCACGUGGUAAAAGUAACUUUACAGGGCUGCUUGCAAGUAGGAGGGCUUUAUGGAGCAGAAAAACGCCAAAGCUAGAAAAAUUAUUUUGCACUCCAGAAAUUAAUGAUCAUGAGCUCGUAUUUGAUGGAGUCCAACUACAUUGAUCCGAAGUUUCCUCCAUGCGAGGAAUAUUCGCAAAACAACUACAUUCCCGAGCACAGCCCUGAAUAUUACGGCCGCGCCAGGGACCCGGGCUACCAGCAGCCGCCGCCGCCGCCGCCUCCUCCACCGCCGCCGCCACCGCAGCAUCACCACCAGCACCACCAGCAGCAGCAGCAGGACUUGUACGCUGCGCCGCGGGCCAGCUACCAAGCGCGCCAGUACAACUGCGCAAGCAUCCCCGAACCCGACACGCCGAGGGGACACGCGGGCAUUGGCCACUCGGCGCACCUGCUCGCGGGCAAGGGCCAGCCCGCGUCUUGCGAGACCCCCCAGUUGUCCAUGUCCCCCGCCACCCCGCCGGCCGCAGCCUCCGCCUGCAACCAAGCCCUGCCGGAGCAUCCCAACAGCGCCGCCUCGUCCAAGCAACCCGUUGUCUACCCGUGGAUGAAGAAGAUUCACGUCAGCACCGUCAACUCGGGCUACAACGGGACGGAGCCCAAGCGGUCUCGGACAGCAUACACCCGCCAGCAAGUCUUGGAACUGGAGAAGGAGUUCCACUAUAACCGCUAUUUGACUCGGAGGAGGCGCAUCGAGAUCGCCCACACGCUGGUCCUGUCCGAACGCCAGAUCAAAAUUUGGUUUCAGAACCGCAGGAUGAAAUGGAAAAAGGACCACCGGCUGCCCAACACCAAAGUGCGCUCGUCGUCUUCGUCGUCGUCGUCGUCCGGCUCCAGCGCUGCGUCCGCGGCCGUGCUUCCUUCCUCGGCCACCGGCGCCGCAGCGGCCUCCGAUGAACUGAGCGCGGCGGCGCAGCACGGCGACGACAUGACCAGAUGAUCAAAACCUUGCUGCUGCUCUUAGAUGACGCCAUGUGGAAAAAGUUGCCCAGACGCUUCAAGUUGACUGCGCUUGAUUUUGGUCAUCUGCCAUUGGACGGCUCGCGAUCACGUGACCGAGGCUGCUUUCGGCUGUUGCAGUUUGAAGCUUGAGGUGCUCGCUGGACUCUGCAGGUUGAGGUGCAGCUGAAGACCAGCAAAGGGUCCCCAAUUGCAAGAAUCCGCAGAAAAGCACCCGGAGCCAUCGGGGACGGGCUGCGAGAUCGUCUUCCCGGCGAGCGGAGGGUGACCUUCAGCGGCUCGAGAAGGAAUUCCGCUGUGACCGUACUUGCGUCGCCCAGGGACGGAGCAACAAGUCGAUAUUUGCUUCCAGAACAAAUCUGAGAGCGCGCGGACUUUCAGCUCAGCUCCUUGCGGAGGAUAAACAAUACUGUGGCGAAGGUCAAAAUGUGUUUCUGCUCAAAAAUUGCUGAAAGAGAUGACUUUCCCAUGAUGUGUUCACAUUAGCAUUAAGCUAGCAGUCUAAGGGCAUCUACUAUCUACGUAUGUCCUUGAUGGAAAUGUCAUUUUCAAAUCAAAGCAUAAACAAAAAACAUUUGGAAGGAAGGCUCAUCCCACCAAGUCUCGCGGCGGCCCAGAUGGUCAUCAGUGCAUUCCAAAGCAGCCCCAGGGCCCAUUAGCCGCCAUCUUCAUUGCAAUCAUGCAUUUGGUAGCGCUCAUUAGCUUAGCUCAGCUCAAAUCCCACAGCAGCGCACAAGUGCGCCUCCCAACACAGCAUGUCCAAAAUUCGGAAUUUUUUUUUGUGGCUUAUUGUUGUUGCAUGUUUUAGGACUCUAGAAACUCUAAGAAAUGAGCAGGAUUGAAUGAUGUUUUUCCAAACCAGACAAUGCUUCGAUACAGUCAUUCUGUCCGUGCUGAAUAAACGCAAGCUUUGCUCGGAACGA